GCGAGGAGGGAGAGCUUCGAGAGGGGCGGGACUGCAGAGAUGAAGGUAAUUAAACAUUCUGAGCAAGUGCUGAAGGUAGCUCUGAUCUCCAAGGACACUCAGCUUGUGAGGCUUUAUGAGACAUUUGAGCCUAAGGAGAAGCUUUUGCUAAAUGAAGCAUUCCAACCAGACAGUGUCCUCUUUAAGCUCAUCACGCUGCAUUCUGAUUCAGAUUGGGUUAUCUCGCACCCAGAACCCACCCAGGACUUUGCACAGUUUUAUCAUGACCCUUGCAGAAAUACACCAUCUCCCCAGAAGAAUCGGAUUUAUGUCCAGCCCAUUGGUACUUUUGGAGAUUCCAGAGUUAGCACAGAUGUCUACAUGAAAUGGCUAAAGGAUUACUGCGAAGCCUUUUACUAUGGCCUGACUGUAAACAUCUUAGGGCCAGUGCCUGUUUCACAGACGGGUUGUGCUUUUCGAGUCAAUGAAUACACACACAAUCUGCAGAUCCAUGCAGGGCACCUCUUGAAUUACCUAAAGAAAAAAAAGCCCAAGGAUGCUUUCUGCAUUGUGGGAAUAACUAUGAUAGAUCUUUAUCCAAAGGACUCCUGGAAUUUUGUCUUUGGGCAAGCCUCCUUGACUGAAGGAAUGGGGAUAUUCAGCUUUGCCAGGUAUGACAGCGACUUUUAUAGUACAAACUAUAAAGGCGUAUUAAAGACAACUACAAAGAAGGUUCCUCCAGCUGACUAUUCUGUGUUUGAAGGUUACUACACACCUGACAUCACAAGUAAACUGCUCCUGAGAUCCUGCAAAACCCUGACUCAUGAAAUUGGGCACAUCUUUGGCCUCCAUCACUGUCAGUGGUUGCAGUGUGUUAUGCAGGGGUCCAAUCACCUGGAGGAAUCAGACCGACGCCCAAUAGAUCUUUGCCCCAUUUGUCUGCGCAAGCUGCAUUCUGCCCUGGGCUUCAACAUGAUGGAAAGAUACAAGGCGCUGCAGAGGUGGAUAGAGGAAGAAGCUAAUAGAACAGAAGCAGGACUCAGCAGUGAAGCUAGAUCAGGUUUGCAGAAACCAGUGGAAGAGUUUAAAGAAAGCUAUGACUGGAUUACCAAAUGCCUAGAUCUUUUACAGAAGUAAAAUCUUUGGAACUGAGGGGAUGCUCCAUAUGAUAUGAAGUACUUACAUUACCUCUGAAGAAAGCAAUGCGAAGUGUGCUUUUUAAUUGUGAG